AUGGACAAGGGGAAGGUAGACAUGGCCUGCAGGGGCCACACUCGACCCAGGGGCCUGCCCUGGGCCCUAAGACUGACCCUGGUGUGGAUCCUGCUGGGGUCCUGUGGAGGGAGCCGCCCACUCCCAGCUCUGUCCCGGAGACACCAUAGGCUGGGGACCGAUUUCGGCACAGUCCAGCUGCACCUUGCGGAGAUGGACACGCCAGAGGCAUCGGACCCUGGGGCGGUCCCAGAACGCUGUGGGGAGCCGAGCCCUGGGUGCGAAUCCUUCCUGGGACAUCUCCAAGCUGCCCUCCAGAGUCGCUUCCGCCUGCUGCUACUGGGGAUACGCCAGGCGCAGCCGCUCUGUUCUGAGCUCUGCGAUGUCUGGUUUGCCACCUGCGAAAGCGAUAUUACCUGCGGCCCAACUUGGCUUCCGUUCCCAGAAAAGAGGGACUGUGAGCCUGGCUGCGCUACGUAUGAGCAGACGUUUGCCGAUGGGGCAGACCUUUGCCGCUCAGUCCUGGGCUACGUGCUGCCGGUAGCAGCUCCUGGCGCGGAUCACUGCCUCAACAUUUCCAUCUCGGUACUUCCGGGUCGCAGACACGAACGGAGGGCCCGGGAAAUCAGUUUCCCGCGGUCCCGCCGCUCCCGCACCUGGAUCCUGGAUGCUGCGGGCAGCGGGAGUGGUAGUGGAAGCGGCAGCGGCCCCUAG